GUGUCACUGGGGCUGUCAUCGGGCUGUGUGUACUCGCUACGUUCGCUCGUAAUUUACAACAAACUUUGAUCCGUAAAUUUUGUUUUCAGCCCAGAUUUUAACGUUUCAGAGCUUUUUUGGAUCAAUUGAGUCGAUAAUUUAUAGCGACGGCUUUUAGAUUUUGAAAGAAUUAGCCCAAAUGCCAAGACGGCGAAAGCCCAGUAGAGUGCAAAACAUGAGAGCGGGAAGCAUACAAGCUUCUAGCACUACGACGAGUGCAAGCCAAAACUUUUUGACUUCAAUUAAGACUUUGUUAUGGUCGUCUCCUGCGAAAGACGAAGAGAAACGUCCUCCAAAGAGGCAGAGGGAAGAAUCUGAUAUCGAAGACCAAGAAGAUGCUAUCAUAACAUCAAAUUUGUUGAAGAAAAGAAAAUUUACUACGGAGACAAGCCAAUCUUCAAGUAAAUUUACAAAUACUUCAUCCCAUGAGAGUAGCGCCUCAGAUUCCAGUCCUAAAAGGAAAUCUUUAUUAGGGACAUUGUUUUCGCCUAUGUUUACUCUGUUUGGUAAAAAUGGUCAAGUUCAAACAGUAACAAAUGAAGAAAAGGGAGAUACGAAGCAUGAAGUCUGCAAUGGCGUCGUAACGACCGAAKACGAAGCACAGCCAAGCGUUAACGGUGAAGCUACUAAAGUUGCUCUUUCGCCAUCCACUUGUAAUGGCGAUGUGAAUGGGAAUGUUGAUGAUGAAAGCUCCGAAUGGGAGACGUUUGACCCAUUCUACUUCAUACGAACCGUUCCUCCACUCACCGAGGAAAUGAAAUGCCGACCUCCCGUUUUGCCUUUGAAAACUCGAAGCACGCCGAAAUUGAGUCUUGUGUUGGACUUAGAUGAAACCUUGGUUCACUGCAGCCUCAACAAGCUUGACGAUGCCACGCUUUCUUUUCCAGUUUUGUAUCAAAACAUCUCCUACCAAGUGUUUGUCAGAACAAGGCCUCAUCUAAAGUAUUUUCUCGAGCGUGUUUCGAAGUCGUUCGAAGUUAUUCUAUUUACAGCAUCCAAGCGCGUUUAUGCUGACAAGUUGUUGAACAUUUUGGACCCUGAUCGAAAGUAUUUUCGGCACCGUCUUUUCCGUGAACACUGUGUUUGUGUACAGGGCAACUACAUCAAAGAUCUAAGUAUCUUGGGAAGGGAUUUAUCAAAAACUAUGAUUGUUGAUAACUCGCCACAAGCGUUUGCUUAUCAUAUUUUUAAUGGUAUCCCAAUUGAGAGCUGGUUUGUUGAUCAAAACGAUCGUGAAUUAAUGGAGUUACUGCCUUUCCUUGAGGAUCUAGCUAAUCGAAAAGAAGAUGUUCGUCUACAUAUUAGAGAUAGAUUUCGUCUACAUGAUCUUAUCAAUCCACCUUACUACAAGAACUUCAGACUUACAAGAGAAGAAAGAUAAACUCCAAGAACGGUAUUGAGCUUGAUUGCUUGUAAGCGUGGCCAGACUAUUUUAUUAAUAGCUCGAAAAGUCGUUAUCUGAAAUGAUUAGACGAAGGUAACGUGUUUAGCUUUAGUGUUUACUUUGUGAUUAUAUAACUGUCUUUUUUACUUUUACAUAUUUAAGUUUUUUAGUAAGCAUAAGCUUAUAUAACUUAUGUUAUUUUGGUCAGUUUUUAGUAUGUUUAUAGGUCGAUAAAUUCCACUUGAUUCUCAAGGAAAUAGAACGGAUUUUCAUUAUUUUAUUUGCAAUUUUAGUGACUUGGUGUGUUCAUUUCUUAAAAAAAUUGUACACAAAGGUUAACUUUAUUCCUUUGUAUCAAAAGUUUAUCCAUUGUAUCAAUAUUUUUAAAGAAAACCCACCCAUGCAUGAUGUAUAUACAACACUUGCACACCCACAUACACUGCACACCACAGAAAAUAGCAACACAUGAACUAGCUUGAACAAAUAGUUGUUAAAAUCAUUCAGAUAUUUUUAACACAGCAUAUUUGCCACAAGGCUGGUAAUCACUUUUGUAAAUAUAUAAAAGCAGUUUUGAUAACCAUAAUGUAUUAUAGUUAGAGUAAUCUGUGUAGGAACAUGUAUGUAAUUUAGUGUUUUCAUACAACUACUUUUGCCUGCAACUUCCAUAUASAAUUAGCUUCAUCAUAUGUAAACUUGACUUAUAGAUUGAAGCCUUGACCAGCUUUUUUACAGCACAACAUGGGGAGAUGCAGAUAUAUAGUAGACUUGUUUAAUGCAAUGUGUGACAAAGCAGCAUGACUUAAGUACUAGGAGUACUAGUUGUAACAAGUUGUUGACUUGAUUUACUAGACAUAACAGGGUUGUAUAUCAGAAACAAAAUGUGCUUGCACCUUCAGGUACUUGUAAUGAUUUGAGGGCUUGAUUUACACAUUGUUUAAGAGGCAUGUAACAGCUCGAGGUAUAAGUCAGAGUGUAUAAUAAACAGGUCUUACUGGAUGCAAAACAUUUUACUAACAAGCACUUUUUAAUAGUGUACAUUUGUUUUUUAGCUUUUUGCUUCAAUAUUUGAUUUUGUUGAAUGGCAAUGUGGAAAGUGUUUGCAGAGGAAUUUCAACAUGUUUUAACGGCAACUAGRKUGAAUACUGCACAGUAGCUUGUACUACAUUUUUGAAAUGACCAUGCAAACUGCUUCAACAUGAUUCAAUGAUUUUGACAACAAAAGAAAUUUUGAACAGAUGUUGAAACACAUUUUAAACUGAUUCAUCAAUGAUUCAACAUAUUUAAACUGCAAAUGAACUCUAUUUUUUCAAAAAAUGAGUGAAACCACCGUGGAAAAAUAGAAUAUUGUUUGGUGCCUUCAUGGAUAACAGUUAAAAGUUUUUUUUUUGUGAAACAUUACAGUUAUGAAAUUUUUGAUAAUUCCGAAAUGGCCACGGACUAUCAUAGAGUUAGUAUGACGUCUACUAAGGAGCCAAAAUUCUCACAUCACUUAUUGAUAUUUCAACUAAGAAUUGUUGAAAGUUGGCUUGUAAUUCAAAGAAGUUCAUAAGAGGAAUGAAUASCUUUAAAUCUUCACCAUUUACUUUGAAAGGCUCCGGAAAUGUGAGAGACCAUUCCUUAGUAGAUGUCAAAUUGGCACCAGGCCCCUAAUUUCAAAGAGAUUACAUUUUUCUGAACUGGAGGGAAAUUCAAAAUAACAAUGAUUAUUGUGAAUUUGUUCAAUUCAAAAUCUAUUUGAUACAGCCAAGAACAGCAUUGUAUACUAGUGUACUAUAGAAAAUCCUUCGUUAUGAUUGGCUAUGCUACUCAGGGUCUAUUUUCAAUAGUCCUCAACAAGUAAAAAGUGCCAAUUUUGAUUUUCUUAUAGAAAUAUUGUGGGUCAAAACAAUGUGUUAAGGACCAUUUUAUUUAUUUUUUACUCACACCAGCUUUCACCAGCAUGUAGUAAAUUGAUUUUUACUUGUCAAACAUGCCAAGCGUGUCAAACGAAGUCAGCAAUGAUUUAUGGAAAUUUAAUUGAGCCGUUAGCGUGAAGUUUUAGCAAUAAAACAAUUUUGUUAUCUA